AUGUCGAAAGAGCUGGACACAGUUGAGGUCAGCAUCCGCGUGCCGUUCGGCAAGAGUAAGAGGCUGUCGACGACGGCUUCCCGGCGCGCACGUGUGCAAUCGAUCAUGUACUUCCUGGCGUUCAAUGCGGCGUCGAAGUACUACACGAACUACGAGCUUCUGCACAACGGUGUGGAAGUGGACGAACAGCAGCUAAUCUCGGAACUGGCUGGAAACGAGCAAACAGUGCACCUGCAGCUGCGUUUGAAGCCAUACAACACGGGGGAGGUGAUCCGGCACUUUGUCACGUUCCGGGAGUACAUAGGGUUUGUGGGUGACAGCGACGACGACAUCACGAGCCUUGCGUUGUCGAACGUUGCGAAGUUCCGCGAGCUCCCGCUCACGGACAUCGCGGCGGCCAGCGGCAAAACGGAAGUGGCGGACGACCGCCAGAAGGAGGAGUUUCAGGUGAGCGAUGCGGAGAAGGCCGUGUUUACCAAGGAGCUGGACAGCAUUCUUGAGUUGCGGCCGUCGGCACAGGACGUGCUGAAGGGCGGCAGCGCGCUCUCGAAGCCGUGCUUGCGCUCUCUAAUCAUCUCGGGCUACAACCCUGUGCCGGCGUUUUUCCGCACGAAGGGCCAUCUUCUAUACUUGCAGGCUGUCACAUUGGAGGGUGAGACCCUGCACAUCACUGCGACGGUUUCCGGCUUCUAUGUGAACAAGUCGAGCGCAAUCAAGUUCGACCCGACACUUAAGACAGACGCUGCCGUAUGUUUGACGCUAUACGAGCUGUUAACGAAGCACUCGAAGAAGUUUGCGUCCCACCUCAGCCAGCUAGAAGCGGCCCUGAAAGCGCACGAAUCUGUAAACUACGUGAAGCCCAUCAGCGUCUUUUUGCACAAGACCUGGUUCCCGUCAUCUUUGCCAAGCAAUUCAAUUGAUUUUACCGAGUACCAGUUAGAGGCCUUGAACUUCCAGACUGAACGUAACUUCAAUGACGAGUUCCAGGCUGUUAAGGAGACAUCCUCCGAAGAUAUUGUUGCACGUUUAGAGAAGGAGAAGCUGCUCAACAGGGUCAUCCAUGACUUUAACGUUGCCGCCUCCAAGGGCUCCAUGGAAAUUUUCUACGGGAACAUGGUAGCCAUGAACCCUGAUGCUCCACGCCAGGAACACAUUUUCUUGAAGAAUAACAUCUUCUACUCCUUCGUUUCGGAUUUGGAUGGCCACUACCAGGACAAGGGUGGCGAUGCAGCAGCCCAUGCAGCUUCCAACCAAGAUCUACAUAUCAUCAAGACUUUGCUCCAAUCGAAUAUGAGGAGCGUGCGCCAUUUACUGACUGCUGUAGUUGAGUUCGGUGGUGUUAGAAUCCUGGCACAGUCACCUGUACCCGGUAUUCUUGACACUGCUGGCAUGAAGUUUAUCAAAAACGAAAAAGGUGAAGAGGAGGCAAUCCAAGCCAAGAAUGAUAUUACUGUAUGUUACGGCUUCGAUGAGGCCUCUAACAAAGUCAUUGCUGAUGCAGAAUUCGGAUCCAGUCUUGAUGACUUUGCCAAGGUUUUCCAUUUGAAAAAGCAUGAAGUUGACGGCGUUGAAUUGAAGGUUGCAUCUACCUCCAAGGGGGUUGUGGGCUUUGAUAAGAGGAACUACAUUCUAGAUUUGGCAGACAACAAUCCGUUGGAUGUUGGGUUUGCUCUAGAAAACUUCGAUGCGGUGACUGACGAAAAGGCUCGUUAUCCACACAGACAGACGCUUCUAAGACGUGAACUUGUCGAAAAAUGGUGGUUCUCCAAGGUUGACGGUACUGGAAGUGAAAUGGAGGCUGCUUACGAAGAAGGGAAAUUUUCAUAUAACCCAGAUGCCUACAAAAUUGAGGGAAUCGAGGACGAGACCGUUGUCGAACUUUCGGAUUAUUUGCGUAAAGAGGUUGUACCCACUUUGGUCAAGGAAGUUGCAGAAGGCUCUAUUACCGCACCAUUCAAUGGUGAGCAUUUGGUAGAUAUAAUGCACAAAAAUGGUAUCAACAUUCGCUACCUAGGUAGAGUGAUCGAACUAGCUGAACAGGAACUUGAGGCACAGCGUGCCUUGAGGGAAGCACAUUUGCAACAGGUGGAGGCCGACAAUAAGGAAUUUACCGAAUGGGAGGCGAACUACUUGAAGCACAUAGAAUCGUUGAUUAAGGAGAGACAGGUAACCAUCCAGAAGUUGCUGGCCGAGGGCAAAGAGGUUCCAGCGGAAUUAAAGGAGGAGUUGAAACUCGACGACAAGGAGAUCCGUAAGCCUCAUGAAAAGGAAGGCGUAGCUGUGAACAACGACCAGUUGUCCGUUCUACUUACGCUUGCACAAAUCGAGAUAAUAUCUCGUUCCAUCAAGCAUGUCUUCAGAAAACACUGUCACGAACUUCCUGCUGUAAUUAUUCCAACGUUUAUUGCGUUUGCAUUAAACCUGCUGUUUGGCUAUUGCUACAACAAAGCCCCAAUUGCUGAAUUCCCUACAGAUGGCUCCGACAUUGACUUUGCCUUCACCAAGCUAACGCGUGAACAGCUGCUAUCAGAAAUUUCUGAGCAGGCCGUUCUACGUUUCCGCUACACACUACCAGACGGAUGGGAGAGCCGUUACGAGCAUACACCUUUUGCCCUUCUAAGGCCCAUCUGUAACAAGUUUGGUAUCCAGCUCCUAAACAAAGAGUACUUUUUCACAAGAGAACAGUACCAGAAUUGGAGACAAGCGCAAGAUAAAAAGAUCAGAUCCAAACUUGUCGAGCCAGUGUCAACAUUUUCUAUCAACGAUCUUUCCGUUCGUCCAAUUAUCAAGGUUGCCACUCUCACUACUGGAGUGAGCGAUGAUUGCUGGGCACAGGGUGCGUAUAUGAUCAACGAAGAGGAGAAGCAAGCCACAGCCCUGGCACUUUUUUCACAGUCUAUUGCCUUCCGCGAGGAGACUAGCGGCUAUGUUCACCCUACGGUUGCUGAGUCUUACUUGGCUCUUUCGACAAUCCAUUCGAAAUUGGAGAAGAAGUCUGAAGCGGUGGCAUUGUGUCGGAAGGCAUGUGCUAUCUACGAGCGCGUAUGUGGGUUUGACUCCUUUGAAAUGAUCAGAUCUCUGAACAACUUGGCUAUGCUAGAAAUGGCCAACGAUUCUCCUUACAAUGCGGCACUCUGCCUGAAGACCAUUAUGUCCAUUUUGUCUGUGGUUAUUCCUGUGAACCAUCCUGCCACCAUCAAUUCCUACUCUAUGCUACACUCUAUGUGCUCUUCUCUGCAAAAUUCCUCUGCAAUGAUCAAGGUGUUGAACAAGCUGGGAGAUAUUAUUGUGGAGAUCGAUGGCCACAAGUCUUUACCGUACGCUGUGAAUGAAUCACGUCUAGCUAACUUAUACGCAUCUGUUGGCGAGUACAAGCGCUCGCUUGCAUGCAUUGAGUCUUGUUAUGAAUUGUUUUCCAAAGAAUUGGGUGUGAAUCACAAAACGACUGUGGAAUGCAAUAGCUGGAUUACUGGUGUAGAAAAUCUCAUUGAAUCUACUUCACAGUCCAAGGCUUUGGCUGCCUCCAAGGCAGCUGCAGCGGCAAAGCAGGGAGAGAAAAAGCCUGCGCAAAAACAGCAGCAGAGUGCUGAAUUGCGUGAUAAGUCUAUCGAUGAGCUGAUGAACUUUAUUAACGGAGGAAGCGCCCCUGCGAAAAAGAGUAAAAAGAAGAAGAACGCCAAAAAGUAG